AUGCGGACAGAGUGCGUGCUCACUACACUGUCGCCUCAGACAGCCCCGCCGCCCGCCUCCACAGCUGACCGACGUCUCGUCCAGGCCUCGGCCGCUACUGCUAUAACACUGUAUUCUCCCCCAGGGAAGAAAACGAAGAAAGCGAAGAAAACGAAGACAGCAACACCUUAUGUAGAGCGCUACACAAGUAGGAAAGAGUGGAAGAAAGACCUUGAUGCUGGAAUAAUGGAUCUGAACAUGUUUAUGGAGUACGGGCGCUUCAGAGAGAGAAGGGAGCCAGAAUAUCCGUCCAUCUUCGAGAUCUUUCCCUGUCAGCCGACUCCAGGACCUGCCCCUCGAAUCAAGAAAGAAGAGAAUAAUAAGGACGACACUGGGAAGGACGGCCGUGCAGAGGGCCAUGCUGUUGCUCGCGUUAAGAAGAGGAAGGCAGCCGAAGAAAUACCACCGUCUGAUGGCCGCGAGCGCAAACACACCGAGCAGCGUCGCCGUCGCCGCAAGAGACGUCAGAAUAAACUGGUCGCUGCGCCGCAGGAGGGCCCUUCUGGGGUCCACGUUAUUGGGCGCUUCAGAGUAAAUAAGGUCGUUGAAGAUAAUCCGCCGCGUAAGGAUCAAGACAGCGACGUAACUUCAGAAAGGGAGAUUUGCCCCAAGGAAGGAGAUAUAAUACUGCUCGAUGCGCCGCAGGAGGGCCCCGCUGAGGUGGAUGCUGCCCAGGUGGACCAAGACGAGGAGAGAGUAGCGAAUUGUCUCGUGGAUGCUGCCGAGAUGGAACAAGUCCAUCACUAUUUACAGGAGAAGACAGUUGAGGGUCGCAUGGGUGCUGCCAAGGUGGUUGAAGUGUGUGGAGAGAUUGAGGAAGGGGCAGAUGAGAGUCUCAAGAAUGAUGCUGAGGUUGACAAAGCAUUUGGAAAUGAGGAGGAAGGUGCAGCUAAGAGUCUCAUGAAUGCUGCCGACAUGGAAGAAGCGAGUCAAGAUUUAGAAGAGAAGGCAGCUGAGAGUCUCAUGGAUGCUCCCAAGAUGGGCGUAACAUAUGGAGAGAUUGAUGAAGGGGCACAUGAUGGUGUUGUGGAUGCUGGUGAGAUUGACACAGUAUGUGGAAAUGAGGUUGAAGGGACAGCGGAGUGUCUAGUGAAUGCUGCCAGGAUGGAACAAGCCCAUCAAGAUUUACAGGAGAAGAUAGUUGAGAGUCGCAUGGCUGCUGCCAAGAUGGGCGAAACAUGUGGAGAGAUUGAGGAAGGGGCAGAUGAGAGUCUCGAGGAUAAUGCUGAGAUUGACAAAGGAUGUGGAAAUGAGGAGGAAGGAGCGGCUAAGGGCCUCGUGAAUGCUGCCGACAUGGAAGAAGCGAGUCAAGAUUUAGAAGAGAAGGCAGCUGAGAGACUCAUGGAUGUUGUCCAGAUGGGCGAAACAUCGGGAGAGAUAGAUGAAGGGGCACAUGAUGGUGUUGUGGAUGCUGGUGAGAUAGACACAGUAUGUGGAAUUGAGGAUGAAGGGGCAGCUGAGUGUCUCAUGGAUGUUGCUGGGGUCGAACAAACCCUUCAAGAUUUACAGGAGAAGAUAGUAGAGAGUCGCAUGGGAGCUGCCAAGAUGGGCGAAACAUGUGGAGAGAUUGAGGAAGGGGCAGAUGAGAGUCUCGAGGAUGAUGCUGAGAUUGACAAAGCAUGUGGAAAUGAGGAGGAAGGUGCGGCUAAGACUCUCAUGAAUGCUGCCGAGAUGGAAAAAGCUCAUCAAGAUUUAGAGGAUGACGCAGCCGAGAGUCUGAUGGGUGAUGCCAAUAUGGAGGAAGUUCGUGUAGAUGUUGAGGAGGGUUCAGCUAAGAGUCUUUGUAGCCAACCCUCGGGUGCCGCUUGCACCCACUGA